AUGAUGAUGCUAAUAAAAAGGCCCUCCAUUCUCCUGCUCUUGGGUUUUCUCUUAGUGCUUCAGUUGGCCCAAUCCUCCACCAACAACUUUACCGAUCAAUCAGCUCUCAUUGCCUUCAAAUCCGAAAUCAAUUCCGGUCCAAACCAAACUGUCUUGGCUGGUAACUGGUCCACAACUACAAACUUCUGCAACUGGAUCGGAGUCUCAUGUAGCCGACGCAGGCAAAGAGUCACUGCUUUGAACCUUUCCUACAUGGGUCUCGAAGGCGCCAUUUCUCCCUAUAUUGGUAACCUUUCUUUCCUGGUUUAUCUUAAUCUAUGCAACAAUAGCUUCUUUGGUUCUCUGCCUCAUGAGAUUAGUCGCCUACAACGCUUGAGAAUACUCUGGUUGGGACACAACCAAUUGGAAGGUGGCAUCCCUCCAACAUUGAAAAAUUGUCGGAAUCUUCAAGAAAUACAUCUAAUAGAUAACCAUCUUAUUGGUGCAAUUCCAUCGUCCCUUGGCAACAUGUCGUCAUUAGAGGUCUUGAAUUUGCAACUCAACAGUCUCACGGGUCCAUUUUCUCUUGUAAUCUUUAACACAAGUUCUCUAGCUGUAAUUGCUCUUACAGGGAAUCACAUCUCAGGAACUCUUCCGAUGAAUCUCUGCAACCAUUGUCCUAAUCUUCAAGGGCUUUAUCUUUCAGGCAACGAAUUCAACGGUCGGCUCCCUUCACAAAUGCAUUACUGUGUAGAGGUUGUAGUCAUAGACCUAUCAUACAAUAAAUUUGAUGGGGGUAUUCCAGAAGGUUUUGGGAGUUUAGAAAAACUUGAAUACCUAUCUCUUGGAGGUAACAACUUAACCGGUAAUAUACCUCCUACCAUAACUAACUUGUCGAGGUUAUCUGCAUUUGGCAUUGAGAAUAACAAUAUUAAAGGAAGCAUUCCGAGAGAUUUAUGGCGGCUUCAAAAUCUGAAUUCUUUUUUAUGUAAUUCAAAUAGUCUCACAGGAGCAAUCCCCCAAUUCAUGUUCAACAUUUCCUCUCUCCAAGAAAUCGCCUUGGCAUUUAAUUCCCUAUAUGGCAAUCUUCCAUUAGAUUCUGCAUUUUCCUGCCCUAAUCUUCAAUAUAUAUAUUUUGCUAGCAACAAAUUUAGUGGUCCCAUCCCAUCAUAUCUUUCAAAUUGUUCCAACCUCGUCCUAGUAGAUUUUGCCUCAAACAUACUCUCUGGGCCAAUACCAAAAAGUCUUGGAGACUUAAAAUACCUUCGAAUUCUUAAUCUGGAUUUGAAUCAGCUAACAGGAGAGCCUGGAGAUCAAGAGCUUAAUUUCCUUUCGUCUUUCUCUAAUUGCAGAGUUUUGGAAUCCCUAGCCAUAUCCGACAAUCCCUUGGAUAGUACUCUUCCAGAUUCAAUUGGAAACUUUUCAAUAACCCUUAACACCUUUAAUUUCUUUGGAAGCAAAAUAAAGGGUCAUAUUCCUAUGAGUAUAGGUUUCUUAAAAGGCUUGACGAUGCUUGGGUUGGCAGAUAACAAUUUGACUGGAAAUAUACCGUCCAUGAUUGGGGGUUUGGAGAGGUUACAAAGAUUGGAUCUUGGUGGUAACAAAAUUGAAGGAUUCAUUCCAGAAGAAAUAUGUCAACUAAAGAACUUAGGUGAGUUAUAUCUCACAAAUAACAAAUUCUCUGGAUCCAUCCCAAAUUGUAUUUCGAACCUCAAUCUUUUGCGAAGGCUAAACCUGAGUUUUAAUAGGUUGGAAACACCAAUACCAUUAAAUUUAUGGAGCCUUGAAAAUCUAUUAUUUUUGGACCUAUCAUCGAAUUUCAUUGGUGGAUAUUUGUCUCCAAACAUUAAAAAAUUGCAUGUUAUUGAACAUAUAGAUUUAUCUCGGAACCAAAUUACGGGAAACAUUCCAAGCAUCAUCGGAGCUUUUGAAAGCCUAAAUUAUCUCAAUUUGUCAAAGAACUCAUUUCGAGGAGAAAUCCCACACUCUUUUGGAGAUUUGAAAGGAUUGGAUAUCAUAGAUCUCUCUUACAAUGAUCUGUCUGGUGCAAUUCCUAAGUCUUUUGAGGCACUUUCACAGCUCAAAGAUUUGAAUGUAUCUUUUAACAAGCUAUUCGGAGAGAUACCAUCUAGCGGGCCUUUUCUAAACUUCACAGCAAAAUCAUUUUUAGGAAACAAGGCGCUUUGUGGGAAUCCAAUUUUUGGAGUUCUACCAUGUCCAAACUCAGGCUCCAAAGGAUCAAAGGUGAAACAAAUUCUGCUCAAAUAUUUUCUUCCUACCAUUGCUUUGGUCAUACUUUGUUUGGCAUUGGUUUAUAUGCUAAGAAGACAUCGAGAAAGUAACUUGCAGGUUCCAAAUUUAUUUAAUACAUUGCUUGUAUUUAAGCAUAGAGUGAUAUCAUAUCAAGAGCUUUGUCAAGGGACAAACAACUUUUGUGAAAGCAACUUGCUUGGAACUGGAGGUUUUGGUUCUGUAUACAAAGGGGUGCUUUUUGACGGGACAAUUGUUGCUAUUAAAGUUCUAAAUUUACAAUUGUCGAGUGCUUUCAAAAGUUUCGAUACAGAAUGUAAGGUCUUACGGACAAUCCGACAUAGGAAUCUUGUUAAGAUCAUAAGUACUUGCUCCAACCCCGAGUUCAGAGCUUUAGUACUGCAAUACAUGUCGAAUGGCAGCCUUAAAAGGUGGUUAUACUCUUAUAACUACUGCUUGAGUCUUCUUCAAAGAGUGAACAUUAUGGUUGAUGUUGCAUCUGCGUUGGACUAUCUCCACAACGGUCUAUCUGAAUCUGUGGUGCAUUGUGAUUUGAAACCUACGAAUAUCCUUUUAAAUGAGGACAUGGUUGCACAUGUGGGUGACUUUGGCAUUGCAAAGAUUUUGGUUGAAAACAAGAAUGCUACACAAACCAAAACUCUUGGUACACUUGGCUACAUUGCUCCAGCUUCGGACGUUCUACAAAGAACCAAAUCGUAUGCAAUUCGAUAUCGCAACUCCAGGUGCCGCAUUCUGUGCUCUAGAGAAUACGAUCCACAACCGACUGGAGAGUACUUAAAACAGGAGUUCUUCGCUCUUGAUCCUUUCCAGCCGAGAAGCCAUACAAAAGAGGCUAGACAGCAAGCAAAGCGGCAAAUAGAUGUAGCAGCAAAUGUUGCAAUAUGUGCUACAGCAACCAGGGCAGCAAAUGCCUCGGCAAAUGUCACCGCUGUAUCUUUCAUCUUCAUCGAAUUCACAGAGAGAAACAAGCUGUGGGAGAAAUUCCAAAGAGAGGCCAAAUGUCAAGCUCCACACGUUGCACAAUGUGGGGUCCGAGCCGAGGAUACAAAAUUCUACCGAGACUCCAAUUUGACCGAGGCUCCAAUUUUCCCGAGGGUGAAAUCCUGGCCAAGGAUCCAAUCCGACCCAAGGGUAAAAAUCCGAGCUGAUGAUAAAUUCCGAGCCGAGGUUGAAAAAUCCGAAGCCAUGAAAAUCCGAGCUGAAGGUGAAAAAUCCGAAGCCGUGAAAAUCCGAGUCAAAGGAAAAAUCCGAGUCAAAGGAAAAAUCCGAGUCAAGGGUAAAAAUCUGAGUCAAAGGAAAAAUCCGAGUUAA